CUGAGAGGGGGGCCUUGCCCGCUACUGUCCCUCCCCGAGGCCUGGGGGCCUUUGUGCCCCUCCGCGCACCCGUUACUGGCGGUUCCGGCCCGCCUCGCAGUUGCCUGGGGACACGAACUUGGGGAUGUCCGGGGUUGGGGGGUGGCGUUGUGGAGCCCCAACCUUCUUUAGUUCCUGCUUGGGCUUCUUCCCAGGCUGCUUUUUCUCCCUUAAAGUGGAUUUUCUGAAACCCAAGGUUAGGAGUCAGGUUUUUUGGACCCAGGGCCUUCCUUGCAGAACCUCAGCAGCUGAUGUACCAGGAAUCAGGAAUUGUGAAUGCCAAGUGCGCCAAGCACCGUGGGGCUCCCUCUUCCAAUGCUCAGUUUGGUCAGCCUUCAGAAUACAGCUCACCAAACUGCCAUCAGUACACAUUACCAGGAUGUCCCCGGGACUUCAACCCCGUGUGUGGAAGUGAUUUGUCCACUUAUCCCAAUGAGUGUACUCUGUGCAUGAAAAUCAGGGAAGAUGGUCGUGAUAUUAAAAUAAUCCGAAGUGGACCCUGCUGAUGGAGCAGUUCACAGAAGAGAAAUUGGAGAAACACCCCGGCAUACUAGAUGAAUUUUAUUUUUCCCAUUUCUCUUUUCCUGUGUUUCUUUGUGUGAGAUUUGUUAGCCCACAUUUUCUGAGAUGAGAUGUGGAAGAGAGCCAUGGACAGUGAUUGAUAAUUAAAGCAAACAAAAAAAGUCCUUGUUUCUUGGCAUUUGCCCCUUGAGUUAAGCUUAUCGCCCAGGUUACUUAUAUGUUGCUUUAUUUAGUUGGAAUAAAAUCAGCAUUGUGUUCAGUUA